AUGGCACUCUGGAUCUACCUCGUCUUGCUCCCUGCCAUUCUCAUCUCCUGCCAACGUUCUCUCUUGCUCUGGAAAAACUACCGCGAAGCGCGCAAACUCGGGAUCCCGAUCGUUAUCACGCCGGUCUCGUGGCUGGAUCCAUUCUGGGGUUUAUUCGCCCAGAACUUGAGAUGGGUCAAGUAUCUGCCUUUCACUUACUGGUACGAGAUCAGCAAGUUUUCAGCCCCCCAGCGCGAACGACAUCUGAUACAUCGGAAGUGGGGAGAUGUCUUCGUGGUCGUUUCGCCAAAGGCCAACUACAUCUAUCUCAAUGAUCCAAAGGCAUCCAACGAUGUCCUGUCGCAUUACAAGACUUGGACCAAGCCAGAGCCUGUCUACGAGAUCUUCACAGUAUUGGGAAAGAACGUUAUCGCCGAUAAUGGAGAAGACUGGCAGCGGCAGAGAAAGAUCAUCAACCCUGCAUUCCGUGAACAGAACUAUAACCUUGUUUGGGACGAGUCACUGAAGCAAGCCCGACAAUGGCUCGACGGUCGCUGUGCCGAGUCUAGGACUGGUAGCACCAUGUUGGAUGUUCGUCGCGACAUGGUAUUGAUAGCUCUGCAUGUCUUGUCCGGGGCUGGGUUCGGCCAAAUCCACGAUUUCUCGAGCGGUCUACGCGACACGCCGCAAGGCCACCUCAAGAGCUUCCCCGAAUCUUUGAUGUUUCUGCUGACGAACCUUUUUAAAGUGCUCUUGUUCAAGAAUGUUCGACUUCCACCAUUGUUGAUGCCUUCCUUCAUCAAGGACUUACAAGACACCAUCAAGGACUUCCACUUAUACCUCAAGGAAAUCGUCGCGUACCAUAGAGCAAUAACCCAAGGGGGUGGCGGUGGGCAGAUUGCUGAUAUAGUGAGCGCAUUGGUCGAAGCAGACGAGGCGGCUAAGCGUGAGGAGAAGACACCUGGGCUAGGACUUGGGACGAACUCCAUCCACCUGACUGACGAAGAGAUGUUCGGCAACCUCUUUCUGUUCAAUCUUGCCGGUUUUGAAACGACUUCCAAUGCUUUGACCUACACCUUCCCAUUCCUAGCACUGCAUAGGGAUGUGCAAGACUGGGUUGGCGAGGAAAUCGAUGCCGUUUUUCAAGACAAGGAUCUGCAUGGUCUCGAUUAUGCGGACACGUUUCCGCUGCUUGUGAGGUGCUUGGCUGUCAUGUACGAAACUCUCCGGAUUUGGGGCCCCUUGCCGUCCACCAUUCGCUGGCCCGCCGGGCAAUCUCAGACACUGAGUGUGGGAGGCCGCAAUAUUGUUGUCCCCGCAGGUAUGUACGUGAUCACCAACGUAUACGGCGUCCACUGCGACCCCCGAUGGUGGGGACCUGAUUCUCUCGAAUGGAAGCCGCAACGGUGGAUUACCACUGAUCCGGAUACUGGAAAGGAAAUCCUUGCGCAGCCACCUCCAGGUGCGGUCUAUUUCCCGUGGGCUAGCGGUCCUCGAAUUUGCCCGGGCAAGAAAUUUAGUCAAGUGGAAUUUGUUGCUGUCAUAGCAGUGCUGCUGCGUUCGUACCGCAUCAAGCCCUUGAUCAUCGAAGGGAAGAUGAAAACCGAGAAAGAUGCCAGGGCGGCCUUGAUUGAGGUCAUGGAGGAUUCGCGCACUAGAGUAACUGUGAACAUGAGACAUCCAGAGAACGCCGGCGUUGAUAUUGAGGACCGUUGA